AUGAAAAAAGAUAUCGAUGAUUGGAUAGAUUCUAGUACUCAAUCUGAAAAUGAAUCUGAUAUAUUAGAAAAAAUUGAAUCUACAAAAGAAUACGUUGAGAUUAAUAAAAAAUUACAAAGAAAAAUUGCAGAAUUUAUUAACUACGAUUUAGAAAAAAAUUUGCCACUUGCAGAUAUUACUAAUGUAUUUUAA